CGACCAUCCGACCUGAGUCCUGACCCUCCUAGUCAACAGUCAACCCUCAACCUGACAAUGCCGCAGUGGUACGCGGCACUCAUCGAUCACGGCUCUGGUUCCGGCGAACAAACACCGCACGCCGUCUUCGUCCGGUUCCGAGUCCAUCACGUGAGCUCCGUGUCCUCAGACUCGUGGACUGGAGAAUUCCAGGUGCGCGGGCGGUGGAAGCACUCGCUCGCCGGCGGCGCCACUGAUGCGGUCCCGACGCAGCGAGACUGCGACAGCCUCGCCCAGCGCUUUGAUUCGGAGGCGAGCGCUGGCCCCGCCCUCCGCGCGGACCAUCUCUGGUCGCCACGCCUCUUCAUCUCCAACCUGGUGCAAGAGGGCUCGCUGGUCGACGCGUGGCACUCCGUCUCGCCCGCGGGCGCGAGCGCCGUGUGGGUCGAGCACCGGAUGCGCGUGCACGGCCAGCUGCUCGUGCUGCACAAGGAGGAGGACGCGGGCCUCUGCCCGCUGCAGCUCGCCAUCUGCGUCGUAGCGCAGCGGCCCUGCGUCGACUUCGAGGACGGGAGCCUUCUCCUCGACGACGAGAACCGGCGCGGCAGCCGCGUGAUUGGGAUGCCCUCCCUCCCGAGUGGCUUUGAGGCCAUCCUCCGCUCGGCAGACGCGACGCAGCGCCCAGUCCUCACUGCGCAGAUCUACCUCGAGCGCAUCACCGACGAGCGUCACUACCGCGUCCCGCUGCCGCCGCUGCCGGAGGAGCCGUCCGCCGGCCUUGCGGCUCGGGGCAUCGCCAAGCAGGAGGCGGAGGCAGCGGCGAAGCGGGCGACCGCGCAGCGCGCGGCGGCGGAAGACCGAGCGAGCGACGCCAGCCUACCGGCGUGGUCCGCCAGCGCCGGCCCUGACGCCGGCCCGGACUCGAUCGAGCCGGCGGAUCCCAGCGUCGACCUAGAUGCGAGCGACGUCUGGUCCGUCGGCAGCGCGCCGACGCAGCGCACGCCGCUGCUCUCCGCCGCCAUCGAGAGCCAGCUCGAGGCGGAGCGGGCAGCGUGGCCAGAGCACCGCGACGUUCACCUUCGCCUCGACGUGGUGAGUUUGCACGGCGUUUCGCUGCUCGACCACGCCUUCACGGCGGAGGUCUUCGUCGAGCUGGUUUGGCGCGACGCGUCCCUCGGCCUCCAGGUGGGAGUGUCGCCGGAGCGGGCGGCGGAGGUGCUACAGACCGUCCUCGAGACGCCGGCGCUGUCGGAGCGCAUCUGGCGCGCGCAGCUCAACCUGCGGAACCUCAUGCACGAGACGGACGCCGAGCGGUGGUACGAGGACCUCGCCCUCGACCUGAUGGUCUCCUCCUCCUUCCACGGCGGCGAGGUGCGGCUGCAGCUCAACCGCGCGCUGCAGAGCCCUCUCGCCCUCCUCUCCGCCGACGUCGUCCACGACGAGUACGUUCUCGCGCCCCACAUCUUCUACCAGCCCGCAAGGUCGGGCUACGACUGCUGCGGCUCGCGCCCGGUGUGGGCAGCUACGCCGGGGCAGGCGGGGGGCUCCCUCUCGGCGGCGCCGUCGGACGGCCGGGUGCCGGCCGCGGCCCUGCGCAUGUCGAUGCGCCUCGCGCGCCGGUCGUCUUACUACACGACUCACGUGGCGCUUCCCCUCUUCAUGAUCACCAGCGCGCUCUCCGCCUCCUUUUGGGUCGACCCGAUGGAGGCGGACGUCUCCUCGCGCCUCUCUAUCACGCUCGUCCUCCUGCUCACCAUCUCCACCUUUCGCGACACCGUCAACGCCAUCGUGCCCCGCAUCAACUAUGCGACGGCCAUCGACAGGUACUUCUCCCUCUCCCUCGUCCUCGCCACGGUGACCAUCGUGCAAAACGUGACGGCCAACCUGCUAAAGCACUUCCGCGAGGUGGAGGACGACGAGCUCUGGUUCGACCACGACCUAGAGAACCUCGAGUCGACCGUGCUGGACUACAUCAGGGUGCAGAAGCGGUCGUUCCUCUGCUUUUGGGUCCUCUGGGGCGCGUGCAACGCCUACGCGGCGGUGCGAUUCGUCACCUUGCGCCGCACCGCCGCGCAGUACGUGGGCGAUUGUCCGCACUACUGGACCGCCGGCGGCGACUGUGCCUGCCGCUACGAGUGGAGGUUCGAGGCGGCGGCGCAAGAGGGGCAGGGGCAGUUUUAUCGCUGCCCGCAGUGCGGCAACAUCGAGCAGGGCAGGCCGCCGUCCCGCUCCGCGCUCGGCCUGCUCUCAACCUGCUUCUCGCGACGCGGCGUGUCUCGCGGCAGCGCCGACGACGACAAAAAGGCGUCGACGCGCGCCCUCGCACUCGCGCUGGCGGGCCGGACUUCAACGGGGUCGGCGCCUCAGCUGCCCAGCUUGCGUGAGGGCCUCUCGUCAUCUUUGCUCGUCAGCUCGCGCUCGUCGACCGCGCAGGGCGAGGGCGCCGCACACGCCGCGGCGCGCGAGGCGGGUUCGCGGCGGCGCCGGUCGAGUGCAGUUGAACUUCGGACCGUCACGAGGGCGCUGGUGUAG